CCCCUUUCAUCUGCCGCCGCGGCCCAAUGGGAAGGCGGAGGCUGCCUGCAAGUGGUCUAAUCUCAAUGAGGUGUCAAUCAUGUUCCCCGGUGGGUGAAGUAAGGUCUUUUGUAACCGCCUCUGUCUUUGGGAAAGAGAGGAGAGAGAAGGAAGGCUGGAGCGGAGCGGGGGACGCCGGACCUUGCUGCAGGAGAGGAGCCCAGCUCUGAUCUCCUGCAUGCCUGAGCAGGGGAAGCGGAGCACAUGGAUUUCUAAACACGCUGGGAUUUUAUAGAUCUACAAAAAUAACAAGAAGCCAACCUGACCCUACUGAAAACAGUCAAAUGAAUCGUAAUUGCAGAUCAAUGCAGAGAGAUGGGGAAACUUCACUCGAAACAUGCUGCCGUUUGUAAACCCCGAGAAAGUCCAGAAGGUGAUAGUUUUGCUGUGAACGCUUCUCUGGCUCGCAGAGGGCUGGAGGACUGGAUGGUGAAGCAGAAAUACUCCGGGGGCAGCAGCAGCAGCGGAGGCAGCAGCUCGGGACUCCAGCAAGGCUGCCAGCACCGGGCUGUGUGCAGGCUCGCCAGCUCCAGGGAUUUAUCUGGGGAAGGCUACAGAGACACUAUUGGUGAUGAUCACUUUCAUCUAGAAGUGGCUUUGCCUCCAGAGAAGACAGAUGGAGUUUGCAGUGGAGAUGAAAAGAAAGCAGAAAAAGAAAAUGACACACGCACAGGUUCCAAGAAGCAACUGAAAUUUGAAGAAUUGCAAUGUGAUGUGUCUGUAGAGGAAGAUAACAGGCAAGAAUGGACCUUCACACUGUAUGACUUUGAUAACAACGGAAGAGUCACACGUGAGGAUAUUACCAGCUUGCUUCAUACCAUCUAUGAAGUAGUUGAUGCAUCAGUAAAUCAUUCUCCUAGUUCCAGCAAAACUCUGCGAGUGAAACUUACUGUGGCACCAGAUGGCAGCCAGAAGAAAAAGAGUAUCUUUGCUGAUUUGCAGAGUGCCAGGCAUAGAGCUGAAAGCAAAGUUAAUGAAGAAGUAAGAAGCUCUGAGAAGAAGCAGCGGGCUUCUCUCAGAUAUCACCAGAGUGAGAACAAUCCAGAGCAAAGUGGGUGCUAUCGUCAUUGUGUUGAUGAGAACAUUGAAAGGAGAAACCACUAUUUGGAUCUAGCAGGAAUAGAAAACUACACAUCAAAGUUUGGGCCAGGAUCUCCUCCAGCAGCUCAAAAACAUGACCCACCAUGCAGAGCUGUGAAUCAGACUAGAUCCCGUUCUCAUGAACCUGAAACCUUCCAUGCACACCAUAGGAAAUCUCAAGUGGUGGAUCCAAGCCACAUCAAUCUGGCUGAAAGUUCGUAUGCCAAGAUUGCAGAAAUCCAACAGAGGCUGCGGAACCAGGACUCCAGCAAGCACUUUGUGAGGUCUCCCAAGGCCCAGGGCAAAAACAUUGCCCCUCUGCAUCCUGGAAGGGCAGUUAGAAAUAAACCUUUUCAAGGGGCACCCAUGCCAAUGGCUUCCCCUAGUGCAAGGGUGGGCCAGAAUCUUCCUUACCUUCCCUUGCAAUCUCAACAGGUUCACAAGAAGCAUAAGCAGAGGGCAAAGGAGAAUCACCAAAUGUGCAAAACCUUCCAUUCUCCAGGAACAGUUGUGGAAAAGGAACAUGUGAGAGACCUACCCACAGUUAUUUUAUAUGAAGGCCAAGUUGGACAGAUGAUACAAAGACAUGAACACCACCAUCACCACGAGCACCACCACCACUACCAUCACUUCUACCAGACAUAGAAGAGAUCCCACCAACAUCCUCCAAGAAUCAUCCCAUAUGAAGGAAAUGUGUUCUUGUGAUACCAGAACUAAGGCAUUACUAUGAUUAAUAUUAUUGUUACUCCAUUAAUAUUCAACUAGCAUAUAUUUUAGAGGUUAUACAGGACUCCUAAAACUUACCCUAUUUAUAUGUUGUGGAAUGGCAUAGCUUACUUAAACACCUUGUUGGUUUACUGUUUUUUUUAAGUGGCUGUAAAACAGCAAACAGCCAUAGGUUUUUGAGCUGUGAUUUAAUGCAGGUCAUCAACGCACUUCUUUAAAAGUACUACUUCCACUGUAGUAGGAAAGAUACUUCAAACACUCUUGCAGACAUCUAGCUUACCACUCUGCUGUAUGUCGGCUGAUCGCACACAAGCCUUCUAUCAGGGGAGCAAUGUUCGAAGGGUUGGACUCCAGAGAUACUCAGAAUAAUGGAAAAUACAAACAGCUGCUACCUCUAGUAUUAUUCAGAUUUUAUUUUCUUUUUUAUUGAUUGUAAUGUGCUACAAAAGGGGAAUUUUAAUAUACUGCGUUCGUGUAGCCUGUUUGUGUUCACAUCCUUUCAAAUUAUCUUAAUAAUUACAAGGAAAUAUUAGCUAUACUUAUCAACAGAGCUACAUUUGUACAACUUACACUUUAUUUUCUUGGAGAUUCUUCACUGACACAAAUAUAGUCUGUUAUAUACUGGGUAAUAUUUAAAUAUACUUCCUUUUUUUUCCUUUUUUUUUUUUUUCCUCUUGCUUACUCCCCAUCCUGUUUGGAGUAACCAUUUGAAAAGAGGAGGAUGUGAAAUGGGUUUUUCAAAAGCAUCACCAAACUUUAAUGCUUGGGCAAUAAGUACAGUUCUUGGGGGUUUGAGAAGGAGAGAGGUUGCUUAGAGUUUUGUUUUGUUUAAAUCCACAGUUCUUUGUUUUGAGAAAGAAUUGAGGAAAAUAUACUUUCUCACUUUAAAUGUUGGCAAAUAUAUAUAAAGUAUAAAUAUAUAUAUAUAUAAAUAUGCACACUCUCAGGUACAUUUUGUUGUGUUUUAGAAAUCUGUGGUUUGAAUAUUAGCAUUUUAUUUUUUUUUUCCCACAACAGUGACUUUUUAGAAGCAUAUGCCAUGGCAUUUUCUUAGGUGGCUCCAGUUUAAAUUUCCCCAGCACCUACAAAUUUUUGAGACAAUUCAAUAUGUAAAAAACCAUAAUUCACAGUCAUUCUGGCCUCUUUGCUUUUUCCAUAUUGUAGGGCUUCCAUUCCAUGAAGGAGAAUGAGACCAUAUUCACAAGACCUUACUAGAUGCUGAGAAAUUUGAAGGUCAAAAGUAAAUCGAAAAAGUGAAAAAAAGGGUCAGUAGUUCUAGUUCUAGGUCAAGUUCUAGUUUCUAUGGGGCCCACAUCUAUAAUACAUUCAGUUGUGUUUUGUACAGAUCACCAUUUUGCAGGUAGAAAGUGACUGAAAAACACCUAUGUUACUUUUGGAACCUUAGAGAACUCCUGACAUCAAAAUAUAAUUUUUCUAUAAAAGUAUUUGCUUUUGGUUUUAAUUAUUUAAAGUGUUGUGGUAUUUUGUCUAUAGUAUAUAUUGUAAAAUGUAAUUAUCCCGCAUUGUUAUAAGCCCUUUAUGAUUAGGGUAUUUUUUUUCUGACUAGAGCUUUGAUCAGUCCAAAAUGGGGUACUACCCCAUUACUGCUGACUAGUUUUAGAGGGAUGUUGUCCUUUCUAAGAACAUGGAGACAUCAACCUUGAAAGAAAAAUUUAAAGCCUUGCCUUCUUGUGGAAUUGGAAUAGAAUCACUGUUUCGUGGUAAUUAGGUCCAUCUCUUGUCUCUCUGGAUCAGCAGUUGUUUAGACUUAUUGUCCUCUUUAAAAAAUCUGGUUUAUUUUAUUCUAUUUUUUUUUUAGCUGUCAGCAGUGUGUUCUGUUAAAUCUAACAAACUGUUUUUAAAAUGUGUUUGAUCUGUGUGACAGCUAUACUGUUCUGUUUAUUUUUAAAAUUCCUAAAGUCCAAAAAUAUUUACAUACAGAAUUUUCUGUAUUAAAAAUAUGAAAAGGCCACAAAUUUGGUUAGUUACCACUGAGUUGUUCUAUUCUAAGCCUUUUUGCUGCUUGUGUAUCAUUCUUUUUCAAUGUAUAUAUGAUUAUGGACUGAAAAAAAAAAAGACAUUUUAUGUCUAGUAGAAGGAAUAAGCUUAUUUAUAUUAUAGUGUUAACAAAGUCUGAUGUAUUCAAGUAACUUACUUAUACCGCAUGCAAAACACAAAAAUGUACAUUCCGGCUAAGAAGGGAUGCCAUGCUAUUUGUUUUGAUGAUGUAAUUAAAGCUGUUCUCUUUUCAGGGGAGCACCUGCCAGAAAAACUGGGAGGUGGGAAUUAUUCCUUAGUCAAUUUUUUUUAACACAGGCUGUUGCCGAAAGCCAGAAAAUGUUCUGGAAAACAAGAGUGCUUUCAGAAUUGUGGGUUUUUCUAAGAAGGGGCAACAGAGGGGGAUAAAUCUUUCACCCAAAGAUAUUUUGCUGGAAAAGAUAACAGCACGAAUAACAAAAUCCUAUCUGAUUGAAAAGCGUUCAGUACUAGCUUUGCCAAGUCAACUCUGAAGUGUAACACAACUGACCAUUGGUUAUAACCUUGCAUUGAUUUAUUUUGGUUUCUUGUAUUUGGGGAUACAACAGACAAAUUUACCUUGCUCAGAUUCUGUGAAAUACAAAUACAUUUUAAUAACGUGGCAUUCCCAUACUAAAACUUUACACCAGCCAUCUAUGGGUAUACAGUAUCUAUGUACUGUUUUGCAGUUGUGUUACGUGUGUUAGGUGUGAAUAACAUGUAGCACAGCUUCUUUUCACAGAAUCUUAAAUUUCUCUAUCUUUUAAAAAAGUUUGCUUCUCAGUAUUUUGUAUAGUAAAUAUAGAUGGUUUUGACUAAAUGCUUUAUUUAUUUAACAGCAAAAACUGUGCCAAGAGAACCCCCUGGUAAUUAAAGUUUUGCUGGUUCAGAAAGUAGAUUUCCUUCUUGUUGUGGAUUUCAGGGGCUUAUUGCAGUUGCUGUCAGGGCUUGCAUAUCCCACUGAUGAAAGAGCUUGCAUUAACAUAUUUGGGAACAGGAUCAGGCCAUAAGGUAUGGACUGAGUAUGCUUCGGUUUUAUAUUUAAACUACCAAGUUUCAAAGUUAAAUUUCUUGUCCCCUACUGUUAGACCUGUGUUGAAUAACUGAUUUUUCAGCUUGUUUUUAAAUCUGAAGACCAUUUAAAACAGAUAUGUAUAUAUUUCUUUAAGUUGCUCAAAACUGUGGCUGAAUCUGAAUUUAAAAUAGAUUAGUUUCUGGUUAAACAAAAAAUUGCAUUUCUGAGGAAAGAAAAAGAAAUUAUUAUUAUUUAAGAGUAAAAUGGAGUGGGAUAAAGUAAUUCCAAAUGGAAACUUUAGUUUUUUCACUUACUACUUCUGUUUUUACAAAAAAAAACACUUCAGCAAAACAAAGUGAAUCCCAAAGUUUGCACUAUUUAUUUGCUGAAAAAAAUUUCAGUGGAAAAAUUUUGCUCACCUUUACCAGCUCCAAUUUUUGGGAAGCCAGUUUUUUUUUUGAAAAUGAAGGUUGCUAGGCUUUUCUCACAACUUCAUGACCAGCUUACACAAAGUAAACUAAGCUAAGCAUAAUGAAGUAAAAUCUUUGUCCUAGUGAAAUCUUUGGGAAGACUGCCAGAUUCCCACUGGCUUCAGGGUACCUAUAAUUUCAUUCUAGGAAUGUGGGUUUGAAGUCUACAUAAUAUGCAGAGAGUGAUUUCAGUAUUUAUUUCUUAUGCAUUUUACUGCUGAUGGUUUUGUAGUAGCUAAUAUUAAAUGGAAAUUUUACUGUGAGAGAUCAAGCUGGUAAAUUAAUGAAGAUUAACAGCAAAUAUUGUGCUUUAUACUGAUGUCACUGGAGGACCUCAAGGCACUUCCAGAUGUUUUUGAAACAUCCACAUGUUCUUUAGUCACUAUUAGAUAUGAAGACCCAGUUCUGCCCUCCGAUGAUGAAGUACCAGUUCUCCUGGCAUAUUGGCAGACCAGCCUCUUAAGGCCACACCAAAUUAAAAAGCCAAAUACGUGACUGCUAUAACUGCCUUCCUACUGUAGUCAUCAUAAGCACAGAACAGCAAAGUAUAGCUGGAGUACUUUAAAGUUGUAUAUGUGUGUGUAUAUAUAUAUGUGUGUGUGUAUAUAUAUAUAUAUACAUGUGUGUGUUGUCUAGCAGAAGUUAGUGAAUGGCACAAGGUGGAUUCUGACAGAGGUGAUCUUUUGUAAAGGGAUAAGUACUGUGUAUGCUCAACAGUCUACAAGUUGCCACAUAAAUAUACAGAUACAACAAAUGCUUACUGUUCUCCAUAUCUCAUUGUGUACCUCAAUUAUUGAAUGACAGAUUUCAUUUGUGUUCCAAUAAGCAGGAAAGUUAGGCCCUUUGUGGCCAAGACUGUACUUCAGAAAAAUUCAUCAUGCUAAAAAAUUUGCAAAACAUUCACCAUGAUUUUUUUCUGGAAUACAGACAAGAAUGUUCAUGUUUGGAAACGUGUCAGCUAAACAAGGCUCACCUUCAAUUGCCUUGAUGAAAUUCAUCAAGAUCUGAAAAUACGUUUUCAAACAUGACUUAUUCAUGGUUUUGCUGGGAACCAAGUCAAAUUCAGCAUCCUGUUAGUUGUCAGGCUCCCUUUUUUUUCAAAGGUACCAAGCAGAAACAUGUUUGAAAAUCCAAACACUUAAUGUGUUUUCUAAACAUCUUCUGGAAGAUUUCUUUUUUAAUGCACUUAGCAGCAAAACCAGCCUCAGUUUAUCACUUUUUUUUUUUUUUUUUUCAUAUUUGACAUGUUCAGUUGAUUUAACAUGGAAGGGGCUGGUUUUGUAGUUUUGGGUUUUUUUUUGCUUGUGUACAUUUAAAAUGUGCUAAAAAUGAGCUAAAAAGAGCAGAGACAGAAAAGCAAAUAACUUUAUAUUGAAAUUGUUUAGUAGACAUUGAAAUGCAUCUUAUUUGAAAUUUGGAUUAUAGUUAUUAAAUAAUGAGGUUUUCAAUUAUGAUUUAAUUUAAUUUUAUAUUUCUAUAUAAUUUAGAUAAUUUGAUCCUACUGAGCUAAAAUGAUAGAAAUCAUACGGAUGAGUUUUAAAAUAUGCUUUAAAAUAGCAGGACUUAAGGACUAUGAGAUGGAUUACUGUGAAAGAGCUUGAAGAAAGACAACGGAAGAAUGGAAAGAUUUGAGAUAUGUAUGGAUAGCAUAGAACUGUCUGAUAGAGGUGCAGAGGGAGACAGACAAGAGGCAGGAAAACACUGUAUGGAGAAACUAUAUUCAUGUUACUUUUUUUAAUCUCUUAUGGUACAUUUAUUGCUUAUAAAACAGCAAGAGUAGUUCAUAGGAUGCUUUUCACUGGGAAAGCUUGAAGACUUCCUAGAAGAGGUCAAUCUCCAGUGUGCAGUGGGAGACGCAAGAAAGAGAAGUUGUAGAUAAUCACCACUAGGGCUGUAACAGGGUAAUAGAUGAUGCCCCGGUUCCCAAGUCCCUGUCCAAGCUGAAGGAAAUUUUUUCAGAAGCAGAGGAAUGUGUUUCUACAGAUGUUUUCAAUAUUCCUGUAGAAUGUGUUUUGAAUAGUAGCCUCAGUUCUUUUUCUGUUUGAUUGCAAACAUACAUAAGUUGGUCAAACGUUGCCCAAAGCUUCUAUAUCUUUUAAGGGGAUUAAUAAAUUUGGCAAUGGGCAAACGUUAGCAAAAACAGGCUUAAUGCUAAUGAUGUGCACUGUGCUUUCUGUUUUUCAUGACAUGCCUAUGGAGUGGGGUCUGUGUCUUCCUCUGAGUGCCUAGUCUGUAUAGCCAAUGCAGCCUGUAACUGCUACCAGGUAAGAGAUGUACUCUUCUGGUGAGCCUGUACUUUGUGGAUAAAGAUAGGGGUUCAGAUCCUUCUGGUGCUGAGUGCUUAUUCUUACACUUAAUCCUUCCCAUUCUGUUCCAUUCAAGAAAUAUAGCACUCUGAGGCUUUGUGAAUUUUCUAAUAAAACACCAAACAAACUGGGCCAAAUUUGUCUUCAACUUCACAAAUGGAAGCCAGAAAUGCCCCAUGCAUGUCUUGGAAUUUGGACCUUCAAAUGCAGUUUGCUGUAUGAGUCAUCAUUUUUUCUUGUACUAAUUUCAGAUAUUUGAUAAGCUCUUUUUAUUGUUUACAAGUUUAAAAAGACAAAUAAAACUUUGUAGAUUAAAA